CUGGCAACUCAAAGAGAAGCGGGAGAAGUUGCAGAGAAUUCAUUUGGUAGCACGUAUUAAUGGCUCUAAAGAAGUCAUCGCUCUCCCUGGACUCCUCCAGUGAUGCUGAGGAGUUGCCAGUAUUUACCUUUCUGAAGAAGGAACCAUGUUCAACAAAGAGGAGGCAGCCUCAGAGGGAGGAGAGGAUCGUAGUGGUUCACACCUCAGAUUCUGAGGCCUCCUGUCCUCCAUCACCAAGGCGGAGAGAUCCACCGCCCGUCCCAGACGCAGCUGAACCCAUCACACAGACACAGCCAGUCAGGGUGCUGAGCAGCGGGAGUGAGGAUGAGGAGGAACUUAUUCCCCUGGCUGAGAGACUGACAUGUAAGUUUUUGACCCAAAAGCAGCUGAGCCCUGAGGAUUCUAACUCCCCAGUUAAAAGCGUUUGGGAUCCUCAGAAUAAUGAAGGAGCAUCCCAUGACUGGAAAAAACAGCCCUUUCCAAAGGUCUGUGAUGCCUUCCUCCGAGACACCUCAGAAAGGUGUACAUCGAAUAACAAGGACUCUACGGCAGACAGUCCAUGCCAUCAGGUUCCAGCCCCACAAACUACCUGCCCUCCCUGGGGCGUCAGCUCGCCAGUCACCAAAACAAAUGCCGAGGCCCUCCCACCUCAGAAGAGAACCAAGCACAGUCAGAAGGUCCAGAGGAGAGGCCCACAGGGACAAGCAAGCCGGAAGGAAAGCACCCUGAGACAACCACAGAGGGGAAAAACGGCAGCACCGGCUAACAGACCAAACGCCCGGAGGCCAGAGGAGUGCUUGAAGCACAUCGCCGUGGCGCUGGAUCCAGUGCUUUUACAGAUGGAAGGCGGCGGCCAGCUCCUCGGAGCGCUGCAGUCCAUGGAGUGCUGCUGUGUGAUUGAGGCGCAGGCCGUGCCCCGCAGCAUCGCCUGGAGGAGGAGGGCCGGGCCGGCUGCGGAUGGAGAGGAGGCCUGGGUGGAGGAGCCGAUGGUCCUGGUGCUGCUCCCGGCAGAGGCGUUUGUGUCCAUGAUCCACAACUUCAAGCAGGGAGGUCCAGGCAGCACCGAGAAAGGGACGGAAACACUACGGAGCUUUGUAGCAGACAUCACGGCAAGGACAGCGGGAAAGGCUCUGUCACUGGUGAUUGUGGAUCCGGAGAAAUGCUUCAGGUGCUUGCUUCCCUUCUUCGAUUUCCUCCCCUGCUUUAGUGCUCCACAUCCUCCAAGGAGAAGGAAGCCGGGCGUGGCAAACGGAGAACAGGCCAAGGAGAAGAAGAAGAAACAGAGACCACCAGAGGCCAGCACAGGGCCCGGGGUGUCCAGGGUGGACAUGGAGGAGGCACUGGUGGAUCUGCAGCUACACACGCACGCCCAGGCCCGAGUUGUGCAGAGCUGGCAAGAGCUGGCCGACUUCGCGUGCUCGUUCACGAAGGCUGUGGCUGAGGCGCCCUUCAAGAGACUCCGAGAUCAAACUAAUUUCUCCUUCUGCCUGGAGAGCGACUGGGCUGGAGGGGCGAAGGUGGACCGUGCUGGCAGGGGCCUUGCUCAGGUCUGGCGGAGGCAGAUUCAGCAGCUGAACCGAGUCAGCCUGGAAAUGGCCAGCGCUGUUGUGGCCGCCUAUCCCUCCCCACAGCUCCUGGUCCAGGCUUAUAGGCGGUGUUUUUCGGAGCAAGAACGCCAGAAUCUGCUUGCAGACAUACAGGUGCGCCGUGGGGAAGGCGUGACAUCUACCUCCCGCCGUGUUGGACCAGAUCUGUCCAGGCGCAUCUACCUUCAGAUGACCGCUUUGCAGCCAGAUCUCUCUUUAGACAGUGCAGACUGAAGCUUAGCCCCAAGGGACAGGAUGAAAAGCUGGAGAUUUCUGCCUCAGGACAUGACCAAUGAAGAGAGGGAGGUGUCGCCUGGAGCACAAGCCUGGGUCAGGCCCACAACAGAUCCUGGGUGCCAUUGUGAAAGUCUCCCUACCUGUCAACUGGCUGAGAUAUUUGCAUUUAUCUUCA